CCAAACACAGAACAAAUAGACAUGUUGUCUCUGUAUUGUCCUUGACGUCAUGUUAUGAUUAGUUGACCAAAGUCGAAAGUUUCUGCGUAAACGGGGUUUACAGUAAUUAUGUAAGUGAGGUCAACAAUGAACACAGCGUUGAGACACUGGCGAGAGGCCGCGACGGUGAUCCUGGCGGCCGGGAUGAGACACGAGCAGAGUGCGGAGUGUCUGAGAGCUGCUGUGGAUAAAGUCACUGCUCCGUCCUGUGUACCGCACACAUCCGCGUUUGACUAUGAAGUCCUGCUGCUGAAACGAAGCGGUAAGAGCGGCUUCAUGCCCAAUGCCUAUGUGUUUCCCGGGGGUCUGGUGGAUUCGUCCGACUUCUCGAGCGAGUGGCAGGACGUCUUUAAAUCCUUCCUUAAAGCGCCCAACUACGGCGUUGGAGUCGUGAAACAGCCACAGGAGACCAGGCCGCCUAUUUUCGCCACUGACAGAGUUAAACUGGGAUCUCCCAUACCGGGAGAUGUGGCAUUAAGAAUAUGUGCCGUGAGAGAGACCUUCGAGGAGUCUGGGGUGCUCCUGGUCGUUCCCAAACGCGAGGAAAGCAGUAUUUAUGUACACACAGGUAACGUUAAUGCAAAUGACAAUGACACCCAACCAGCCAUCACCAGAUUGAUUUUACCGUGGGACAAAGACGUGCUGUCUAAGUGGAGAUCUUUAGUUAUCAAUAACCCUGCUAAUUUUAUUAAGAUGUGCAAAGAGCUGCAGUGUCUUCCCAACAUCUGGGCACUGCAUGAGUGGGGGAACUGGUUGACUCCCACAGGUGUGUACGGCAAACACAGAAGAUACGACACUGCCUUUUACAUCUGUUGUUUGCAGGAGAUUCCGUAUACUCUUCAAGACGAGAAGGAGAUCAUUCACUUUAAGUGGUCCACUCCCUCUGAAGUGCUGCAUCGCUAUAAAUCAAGGGAAAUAUGGAUAGCGCCACCACAGCUCUAUGACCUCGGACGAAUAUGCCGCUUCCCUGCGCUCGUGGAGCUGCAUCACUUUGCCUGUCAGCGGUCUCUGGAGGGCUGUGAGCAAUGGCUGCCUAUUAGCCUCAUGUCUGACAACUACAUCGUAUCUGUUUUGCCAGGUGAUGAUCUGUACAUAGAGAACGUGGAGUGUUCUGGAAAGCGUGACGGGCCAUUGCUAACCGACAAGAGUCUCGAGGAGCUCCAGAGGGACAGUUCAGACCUUCACCGCGUCAUCAGUCUGGAUGCAUAUAUGGUAUCUCUCCACAUGAACAUCAGCCCCAAGUAUAACCAUCUGACACCUCUGAGCAUUCAAGAUGUGGAUGGUGACUUGAAAACCAGCAGUAAACUCUGACACUCACCUACCAUAAAGUGCUGAAACAAUGGACAAAAUAAAAAAAUAAUCUGCAUUGAUUUUAUAAAUUUCUCUUAAAGGCAUUCUGAUGUGGCCCUUGACCUACACAAUGCAGUUUUAAUUUUAGGCUAAUUUGAUAGAGCAUUGAGAAUAGUGCAAACGUCAUGGGUUCCAUCUCCAGAGAACAAACAUACUUAUAAAGGACACACACAGAUCGAUGAAUUAAAGAUCGGAUAAAUGCGUAUCUGUAAAAUACAUGUAGGCCCGGUUUCACAGACACGGCUUGGCUUAAGCCAGGACUAUGCCUUAGUUGAAUUGAGAUAUUUAUGUCGCUUUUAUAAAAACGCCUUAGAAUACAUUACUGGCGUGUAUCUCGAGACAAACCAAUGGCACUGAUAUAUUUGAAGAUAUUUCUGGGCAAGUUAUAUUGUGCUAGAACAGGUCACACAUUCAUUUUACUCUGGGACUAGCCUUAAGCCUUGUCUGUGAAACCGGGCCGUACUGUCCUAAAUUAAAGUUAAACUGAAUAACACUUAUUUUGUGUUUAUUACAACAUGACUAUGUAUAGAGAAUAUCAAUCAGCAUCAAAGGUCUAAUUUAAAGUGGUUUACAGUAAAUGAAGACCCAAAGCAUAACGAAAACAUCAAAGUCAUUUUUGCGACCAGUUUGAAAGGUAAUGCAAUAUAGGCACAAUAACUGACACUGUGUAUAAUAUCAGUGUUAAGGUAAGAUGCAAUGUUCCUAAAAGCCAAUGACAGGCCAUUACUUUUUAUUCUUUAUACUAAACAGGAUAAGAGUCAUUCAGUGCAAGUUAUAUAAGUGGUAGAACUAUAGCCCAAACAAAUUGCUACUUAUGUGCUUUUUAGAUUAUAGACCAUAUAAAGCCAUGACAAACUGCACUGCUUGAGGAUCAUACAUCGCAAAACAUUGUUGUAAAAAUUCAUAUCUAUAUCAAGAACUGUGGACAAAUGAAGUGACUAUAAAAAAAACAAAGAUGCUCAUUUGAACAAAACAAUUGUUAUGUAUGGUAUGAUUUCUUUAUUAAAAAUGAGUUCAGACACAAUGUGUGUGAAUGUUUUCAAACAGUUUAAUACAUAUAUGAAAGUAGCAGUUAACUGCUUUGAGUUUCCACUGUGCUAUAUUUCUGUAGAGACAUUAGCGUGAAAAAUCCUUAACCAAACUCAUACAACACACUUGAUUUAGACACCUAAGAAAUUCAGCACUCUCUACACUUUCCAUGAAAACCACACAACUUAAAUGACAAAAAACUAAAAUUUUAAUUUAAAGGCUGUUUUGUGGACACUAUUUUUUUUGGUUGAUGUUUGGUCAUGUGUUAUGGUCUACAUGCUCUACCUAAUGGGAUUUACAUUGUGAAACAGAAGAUCUUAAGUAGAAAAAGAAAAAUCUGUACAAAUCUUAAAUGUUAAAUACAAUCACUCUGUACCAAUAAUGACAAACAUCCCACAGGAAAUCAGAGUACAUUUAAACUCACAAAACAGCAGCUUAAAAUUCUAGAUAGAAAACAUCAACCACCUCAAUCCCAAUUAUAAGUCUGUCUGCAUAAAAUAAAAUGAAGGGGGUGAAGAAACCUAAAUGUAGCGCUUCAUUAAUGGAAACAUGGAUAUUAAAAGGCUGCCCCCUCAGCUGCAGUUGAGCGCUACUACCCAGCCCACAACUUUUGAUCACAACAAACACAAGUGUCAAAUGAUAAACAAAAAAACAAAACAAAACAAAAAAAGUGUAAAACCGAUGUAUGAUUGUAACAAAUGCUCAACCAAACAAUACAUCUUAAAAGAAUAAGUUCACUGUUGUAUGCAUGAUCACUUAUUUCAUGUGAUGACUCAUUUGAAAACCUCUAAUUUUAAGAACACAUUUUAAAUGCCCACUUUAAACCAAAACACACGGUCAUGUCUUUCUCUGAACGUAGAACACGUGUCAUAAUAGCAUGACAUGAAACAUACCGAUAAUGUAACCAACAUCAACAUGCAAAACUUUUGGCACCACUUUAUUCAUCUGAACUUUUUUUUAAACAAAACUAAAUCACAUUUUGCCGAGGAUUUCAGUGCACUUACAAAAAACAUGCAUGCUUAAUAUUUACCUGUGAUAAGAAAUUCAACUCUGCUUAUUCUAUGCAUUUUAUUUCAGACUAAUCCUGAUUUUCACACAAUAAGGAAAUAAAAAACAUGUGCCUGUAUUGGCUCGACACACAAAGAAAAAAGGCAAUUCAAGUGUCUAUUGUAAUGUCACUCUGUUAAUAGAAACUCCCAAAAUUACAUCAUGCCAACUAACCUAACACAAAAUUACAAAGCUUAUCCUCGAUUUCAGCAAAAUGUGACAAAAACAUCCUCUAAAAAGGUUUAGAACUAACAAGUGAGAGAAAGAGGGAAACACACCCACACUUGAACACACAACAGUGAUUCUAUAAACAAUGGCUGCUUUGAGAAAAAAAAAAUCAAAAAGGAGUACAAUUUGAAGCGUUAGGAAGACCGCUUUAAAACAAUAAAAAAUUGAUCAAGAAAAACAAAUUAAACAAGGAAAAUUAAAAGCUUCUGCAAAAAUCUAGUGGUUAUUUUUGUACGUUCUAGAAAAAUAGACUCUUUUUGCUCUGAACGAUUUUCAUGAAACUUUUUACACGUAAGCAGUCUUUCUAACGCUCCCUAUUGGCAGCACAAAUGACAGAAAUGAACAUCACACAAAGGAACAAACAAAAUAAGUAAUCAACAGCGUCAAAAGUUAACAAAAAAGGUCAAGUGUGAAAUUUCAAGCGCCAGAGAAGCGAAGAGGACAACGGACUGGACGAUGAACUUUUGACGUCACAUCAACAUGCUAGGCAAACGAUGACAAACGGGCACGAAGAUAUC